AUGAACACAAAGAGCUGUGGGUACGAUAAUCCAUGCAAAAAUGGAGGUACUUGUAAAGAUUCUGAUAAUGGAUAUUCCUGUUCAUGUCCAACAGGAUUUACUGGAAAAAACUGCGAAAUAAAUAUUGACGAAUGUGAACCUAAUCCAUGUAAGAAUAGUGGCACAUGUAAGGACGAAAUAAAUGGAUAUACAUGUACCUGCCCUGAUGGGUAUACUGGUACCAACUGCGAGAGUGAAAUUCAUGGCUGUGGCUACGAAAAUCCUUGUACAAAUGGAGGCACCUGUAGAGAUACCGCCAAUGGGUAUUUCUGUUCAUGCCCAAAAGGAUUUGCGGGAAAACACUGUCAAAUAAAUAUUGAUGAUUGUGGCUACAUUAAUCCUUGUAAGAAUGGAGGCACUUGUAUUGACGAGGUUAACGGAUACUCAUGUUCAUGUGCAACAGGAUUUCACGGCAAGAGUUGUCGGGCAAAAAUUCCAUGCCAAGAACCAGAUAGUGUAAUGGAUGCAACAAAAACUGUAGAUACACUCGAUGUUGGUGGUAUUGUAACGUAUGUUUGUGACUUUGGUUAUUCAAUGUCGAGUGGAGAUUCUAUUCUAACAUGUAAAAUAGGACCUUUUUGGAUGGGAACCCUACCGACAUGUUCAGUUAUCAAAUGCCAGAUUACAGGAUUAAAUGACUACACAACUCCGUCAACGACUAGUGAUGUUUCACCUACCACACAAGUUUCAUUCACAUGUUUACCUGGGUACAAGUUACCAAAUGGAGAUUCAGGACAAAGGGAAUGUAGAUUAGGGGGUGACUGGAAUACACCUCUUCCAGCAUGUGAAGAUAUAAAUGAAUGUCUGCUAAAUCCAUGCAAGCACGGCGCUACAUGUUAUGAUAAAGUGAACGAUUACAGCUGCACAUGUGCCCCAGGUUACGAAGGAACGAACUGUGAAAUAGAUAUUGAUAAUUGUCUUCAACAUGAAUGCACGAACGGAGCCACAUGUCAAGAUAAAGUAAAUGGUUAUAUGUGCAUUUGUCCACCUGGUUUCAAAGGAAAGCAUUGCAAAAUAGAUAUAAAUGAGUGUCUGCCAAGUCCAUGCAAGCACGGCGCUACAUGUAAUGAUAAAUUCAACGAUUACAGCUGCACGUGUGCCCCUGGUUACAAGGGAAAGAACUGUGAAAUAGAUAUUAACGAAUGUAAACCAAACCCUUGUAAACACGGAGCAUCAUGCAUGAAUGAAGUGAAUGGUUACAGGUGUGUCUGCAUACCAGGUUACCAAGGAAAGAACUGUGAAAAAGAUAUAAAUGAAUGUCUGCCAAAUCCAUGCAAGCACAGCGCUACAUGUGAUGAUAAAGUGAACGAUUACAGCUGCACGUGUCCCCCAGGUUACAAAGGAAAGAACUGUGAAAUAGAUAUAAAUGAAUGUCUGCCAAAUCCAUGCAAGCACGGCGCUACAUGUAGUGAUAAAGUGAACGAUUACAGCUGCAUGUGUGCCCCUGGUUACAAAGGAAAGAACUGUGAAAUAGAUAUAAAUGAAUGUUUGCAAAAUCCAUGCAAGCACGGUGCUACAUGUAAUGAUAAAGUGAACGAUUACAGCUGCAUGUGUGCCCCAGGUUACAAAGGAAAGGACUGUGAAAUAGAUAUAAAUGAAUGUCUGCCAAAUCCAUGCAAGCACGGUGCUACUUGUAAUGAUAAAGUGAACGAUCACAGCUGCACGUGUCAACCAGGUUACAAAGGGAAAAACUGUGAAAUAGAUAUAAAUGAAUGUCUGCCAAAUCCAUGCAAGCACGGUGCUACAUGUGAUGAUAAAGUGAAUGAUUACAGCUGCACGUGUUCACCAGGUUACAAGGGAAAGAACUGUGAAUUAGAUAUAAAUGAAUGUCUGCCAAAUCCAUGCAAGCACGGUGCUACAUGUGAUGAUAAAGUGAACGAUUACAGCUGCACGUGUCCCCCAGGUUACAAAGGAAAGGACUGUGAAAUAGAUAUAAAUGAAUGUCUGCCAAAUCCAUGCAAGCACAGCGCUACAUGUAAUGAUAAAGUGAAUGAUUACAGCUGCACGUGUCCCCCAGGUUACAAAGGAAAGGACUGUGAAAUAGAUAUCAACGAAUGUAAACCAAACCCUUGUAAACAUGGAUCAUCAUGCCUGAAUGAGGUGAAUGGUUACACUUGUGUCUGCAAACCAGGUUACGAAGGAAAGAGAUGUGAAAUAGAUAUAAAUGAAUGUCUGCCAAAUCCAUGCAAACACGGCGCUACAUGUAAUGAUAAAGUGAACGAUUACAGCUGCACGUGUGCCCCAGGUUACAAAGGAAGGAAUUGUGAAAAAGAUACAAAUGAAUGUCUGCCAAAUCCAUGCAUGCACGGCGCUACAUGUGAUGAUAAAGUGAAUGACUAUACUUGCACGUGUCCCCCAGGUUACAAAGGAAAGAACUGUGAAAUAGAUAUCAACGAAUGUAAACCAAACCCUUGUAAACAUGGAUCAUCAUGCCUGAAUGAGGUGAAUGGUUACACUUGUGUCUGCAAACCAGGUUACGAAGGAAAGAGAUGUGAAAUAGAUAUAAAUGAAUGUCUGCCAAAUCCAUGCAAACACGGCGCUACAUGUAAUGAUAAAGUGAACGAUUACAGCUGCAUGUGUGCCCCAGGUUACAAAGGAAGGAAUUGUGAAAAAGAUAUCAACGAAUGUAAACCAAACCCUUGUAAACAUGGAUCAUCAUGCCUGAAUGAGGUGAAUGGUUACACUUGUGUCUGCAAACCAGGUUACGAAGGAAAGAGAUGUGAAAUAGAUAUAAAUGAAUGUCUGCCAAAUCCAUGCAAACACGGCGCUACAUGUAAUGAUAAAGUGAACGAUUACAGCUGCACGUGUGCCCCAGGUUACAAAGGAAGGAAUUGUGAAAAAGAUACAAAUGAAUGUCUGCCAAAUCCAUGCAUGCACGGCGCUACAUGUGAUGAUAAAGUGAAUGACUAUACUUGCACGUGUCCCCCAGGUUACAAAGGAAAGAACUGUGAAAUAGAUAUCAACGAAUGUAAACCAAACCCUUGUAAACAUGGAUCAUCAUGCCUGAAUGAGGUGAAUGGUUACACUUGUGUCUGCAAACCAGGUUACGAAGGAAAGAGAUGUGAAAUAGAUAUAAAUGAAUGUCUGCCAAAUCCAUGCAAACACGGCGCUACAUGUAAUGAUAAAGUGAACGAUUACAGCUGCAUGUGUGCCCCAGGUUACAAAGGAAGGAAUUGUGAAAAAGAUACAAAUGAAUGUCUGCCAAAUCCAUGCAUGCAAGGCGCUACAUGUGAUGAUAAAGUGAAUGACUAUACUUGCACGUGUCCCCCAGGUUACAAAGGAAAGAACUGUGAAAUAGAUAUCAACGAAUGUAAACCAAACCCUUGUAAACAUGGAUCAUCAUGCCUGAAUGAGGUGAAUGGUUACACUUGUGUCUGCAAACCAGGUUACGAAGGAAAGAGAUGUGAAAUAGAUAUAAAUGAAUGUCUGCCAAAUCCAUGCAAACACGGCGCUACAUGUAAUGAUAAAGUGAACGAUUACAGCUGCACGUGUGCCCCAGGUUACAAAGGAAGGAAUUGUGAAAAAGAUACAAAUGAAUGUCUGCCAAAUCCAUGCAUGCACGGCGCUACAUGUGAUGAUAAAGUGAAUGACUAUACUUGCACGUGUCCCCCAGGUUACAAAGGAAAGAACUGUGAAAUAGAUAUAAAUGAAUGUCUGCCAAAUCCAUGCAAGCACAGCGCUACAUGUAAUGAUAAAGUGAAUGAUUACGAUGAUGACUGCUAUAUAAAUGAAUGUCUGCCAAAUCCAUGCAAACACGGUGCUACAUGUACUGACAAAGUGAACGAUUACAGCUGCACGUGUCCCCCAGGUUACAAAGGAAAGAACUGUGAAAUAAAUAUAAAUGAAUGUCUGCCAAAUCCAUGCAAGCACGGCGCUUCAUGUAAUGAUAAAGUGAAUGAUUACACUUGCACGUGUCCUCCAGGUUACAAAGGAAAGAACUGUGAAAUAGAUGUAAAUGAAUGUCUGCCAAAUCCAUGCAAGCACACUGCUACAUGUAAUGAUAAAGUGAACGAUUACAGCUGCACGUGUCUUCCAGGCUACAAAGGAAAAAACUGUGAAAUAGAUAUCAACGAAUGUAAACCAAACCCUUGUAAACACGGAUCAUCAUGCAUGAAUGAGGUGAAUGGUUACACGUGUGUCUGCAAACUAGGUUACGAAGGAAAGAGAUGUGAAAUAGAUAUAAAUGAAUGUUUGGUAAAUCCAUGCAAGCACGGCGCAACAUGUGAUGAUAAAGUGAACGAUUACAGCUGCACGUGUGCCCCAGGUUACAAAGGAAAGAACUGUGAAAUAGAUAUAAAUGAAUGUCUUCCAAAUCCAUGCAAGCACGGCGCUACAUGUGAUGAUAAAGUGAACGAUUACAGCUGCACGUGUCGCCCUGGUUACAAAGGAAAGAACUGUGAAAUAAGUAUGAUGUCAGAUUAA